AUGAGCCAAGACCUCGACCACGCUGCUUUCCCUCACCUCACUUGGAUCAAGAGGGAAGCUCUCAACCGCCUCGUAGCGGUCGUCACGUCGCUGCUGCGCUCAGCGACGCUCGACCAACAGCGUCCAGUGUCCACGGAGCGCGAGCUCGUUGCUGCGAAUCAGCGAGUGUCAACUCCCUCGCGCAGUUUUAAGAAUGACGCUGUGAAACUAUGUCGUGACUAUCGACUCCGUCGAUGCGUCGAGCAAUUGUCAACGUCAUGGGUCACGUCGGAAUGGAUUUUGGAGCGGUCGAUAUCUAACGUGCUUCCGUUGCCGGAAGGUCGGUCACCGCGCGGCGCACCAGUGCCAGUGCUUGUGCAUGCUGAUGUCAAGUUUGUAUCUGCCGAACAGCCAAAAAACGGUAGCCUCCACGUCGCCGGUGCACGACGAUCACUGCGCGCGGUCCUGGAUUCAAAAGCGACUAACAACUUUAUGUUUGCGUCAUGUCUGCCGAUUGACUGGUUGGCCCGGUCAGUCAAACGUCGUAGUGACUGCGACGUUAGAGAGGUAUUCUCCGAUCUCCUGGUCGCACAGAAGGACUGGCCUUACGCUACCGUCAUGGAUUUAUUAUCCACGACGCAUGUUGUGCUCGGAGCAUCUGAAUGCCCUCUCUGUACGGCUUGUGCAGUGCUUCUAUACGAUGAACUCUCGCAGCGAUGCGCGGCCCGAGAUCAAUUGGCGGUUGAGCAUGGACUCCCGCUGAUAAAUGCGAUGGCGGUUAAGCAGGGGUUUCCGCUAGAGGGAGGGGUGCGGUCUUUUCCAGUGAGAGCGAUUCAUCAUUUUCGAGUUUGCACUCGAGGCGGAGAAAGAAGAAUUCCAAACCACGCCGACUGA